GGGGUCACGACAAGGGGUCAUGACUGCCAAUGAGGAAGUAGAAGUUUAGCUCCGGCCUGGAACCUUCACGACACAAAGUCUUAAUUGUCUGCAAGUUUUUUUAGCCGAAAUUGCAUCUGGGAAGAGGUAGGGUGAAAGUGUGUAGCAAGGAACUACUUCUGCGCUGGGGUAUUCUGCAAAGAUCUCCAGCACUGUAGAGUCACGUCUUCAGGAUGGACGUCCUCAUGGGACAUUAAAUCACCACUGGCAUGAACAGCAAGGGAAUAUAGAUGCAAUGGCAGAGCCUGCAAUCAACCCAGAAAACGUGCAAUACUUCCACGGACUGAUCUCACGCGAGGAGGCAGAGAAGAGCCUGACGGAUGCCGGUUGCAGCGAGGGAUUGUACCUCCUACGGGAGAGCACGACCACAUCCAACACGUACGCGCUCUCGCUCUGCCACCGGAACAAAGUCUACCAUUAUGCAAUCACCCGGAACCAGCACGGGAUGUACUCCAUCGAGGACGGGAAGAAGUUUCCUGGCCCGGUAGAACUCGUGCGUUACCACGAGAUCGAGCAGAACGGUCUCCUGUCGUGCUGCAAGAUCCCGUGCAUCCGUCCGCCCGGCCAGCCCCCGAAGAUGGGAUGCAGGACCAUGGUACAGCAGAAUUUGGAAGGCUUAGCUAGGGAUGUCCUGGGUCUCCAGAGUACCAAGCUGGAGGACGACUUAACCGGCAGUCAGAAGCUGCACAUAGAGGAGAAGGUGCUGAAGAUCUACCACCUGCAGCCGGACUGCUACUGGUUCCACAGGUGCAUCUCCCGCGAUGAGGCUGAGAGACGACUGCUGAAGGCAGGGCCAUUCGAUGGCAAGUUUCUCAUACGAGAGAGAGACGAGCCCGGCACCUUUGCCAUUGGUCUGUGCUACGGCAAGGCCAUGUACCACUACAGGAUCGACAGGAACUCAGACAACUCACUGUCCAUCAAGGAUGGCAGGAGGUUCGGCAGCCUGGUGGAGAUGGUAUAUCACUACAGUAAGAAGGCUGAUGGUUUGUUCUGCCCUUUGGAUGAGAUAUGCCCCAGACCGGGCAUCCCUGAACACCUCAGAGGUGUGAAGCUGACGGUUGACUUCAAACCCCCUGCGCUGGACAGGAAACUGCCAGAGCCCCCCCUCCCCCAGCGACCAGACAGCCUCUCUCCGAACAGACCCCCUGCUCUCCCAAUCAACCCCCCUGGCCGCACCCCCAGUCAGCGUAAAACGAGCUUACAGACCCCCGCCCACCCUGCACAGAAGUGGAUGCAGAAGCGACGCAGUACCGAACCAGUACUGAUGGGGCUGUUUGGGAAUCAUGUAGGAUUAUUUAAGUUUGCACUGCCAGCUGUAGAGGAUGGACCUCAGGGUGGGAACAGGCCCAGGAGCCCCUUGCUGCCCCCCUCCCCUCGAGGCCUGCAUAGUCCCAGGUCCCCUGUGUCCCCCAUGGCCCAGCCUGGAAUGUCUUUGAACAGCUCUGCCAUCACUAACUCCAUCUGGGAUGAGAGUGACCCAGCGGACCAGCUCCCCCCAGUGCCACAGAACUGGGUGUACAAGAAGGACACCCCCCCUAUGGAAGCCAUGGGCUGGGAGAGUCCCUACAGUGAUGUCACACUACGGGAGGGGAGGAAACUGGAGUUAGACCCCUCACGGCUACAGCUCAAAGAGAAACUGGGUGCUGGGAACUUUGGCUCAGUACUGAGUGGGACGUACCAGCUGGGGAGGAAGACCAUAGAGGUGGCCGUCAAGACGCUGAAGACAGAACAAGUACCCAACGAGGAGCCUGAGAUUCUGAAGGAAGCCAACAUGAUGAAGGACCUUGACCACCCCCACAUCGUGCGGAUGAUUGGCGUGUGCCACGGGGAGACCAUCAUGCUCGUGUUGGAGCUGGCUCCACUUGGGCCGCUCAACAAGUACCUGAAGAAGAACGCCUCUGUGCGUCCGGAGAGAAUAGUGGACCUGAUGACGCAGGUGGCUGAGGGGAUGGCGUACUUGGAGAGUAAGAACUUUGUCCAUCGUGACCUCGCUGCCCGUAACAUCCUGCUGGUCAGCGAACUCUUUGCCAAGAUCUCCGACUUUGGCAUGUCCAAGGCCCUUGGACUUGGAAGUGACUACUACAAGACGGACACUGCCGGCAAGUGGCCUCUGAAGUGGUACGCCCCAGAGUGCAUCUACUACUACAAGUUCAGCAGUAAAGCAGACGUGUGGAGCUAUGGGGUGACACUGUGGGAGGCCUUUAGUAAUGGCAGGAAGCCCUAUGCUGGCAUGAAGGGGCAGGACAUCCUGACAUGGAUCGAGAGUGACCGGCGUCUGGACCGCCCUCCCACCUGUUCCGAGGAGGUGUACGCUGUCAUGAGGUCCUGCUGGCAGUACAAAGCCAAAGAUCGACCAACAUUUGCGGAAUUGUCAGCCACCAUGAAGGACCUUCAGUACCAAGUACAGCAGGGUACCAUACUGGCAGGGCUGGAGCCAGGGGAAUCCAGCUUGUAACCAAUCAGCACACAGCAACACCACCAAAGAGCCAAUCAGGUGCCACCAAAGAUGCAGUGUCCAAUCAGGGAUGAUCAGGUUCAGAGAACAAUCAUAUGGCCAAUGAGGAUGAAAGGUUCUCAACCAAUCAGAAUUGUUAGGGAAAACAAAGGUUGGGCAUAUCGCUAUCCGAUGCAGUGCUGAUACAAGAGACACUGAAUGUAAAUAUAUUAAACUAACAAUCAAUUGAUUGUAAAAAUGGUAGAAAUACUGGAUAUUCAGAUGUUAUUUUUAACAUUUUUGUUAUUCCUGCAUACAUAGAUUUAAUGUCACUAUAUAUGUUCUAGACAGACGGAUGGGUACUGUCAUUUUGCCCUCGUAAAAUUUGAGUAUUGCCAUGAUCCAUAUACCAAAAGUAGCUGGGCAUGGGCAUACUGUAUUUGCAUACUGUCAGCAUUGUUCCUGCUCUUAUUGCCUAGAUGCUGCUUGAGUGUAGUUACCAAUCAUUUUAUGCAAUGUAGAUUUUAAAGGAGUACAAUGCUGAAAAUAUCAUGUUUGAGGGAAAAUGAUUGAGUGUGUCUAGAAGUUUCAUGUAAAAAUUAGUGCCUUCUAAUCUAAGAUGUCACUGUCAAAUAAAGAAUGUAAUUGGA